UCCCGGAGCCGCAGCGUGUGCGCGCGUGGAGCGCGCGUCCGAGCACAGAUGAGGAGCAGCACUGAUUAAGCAGAAAAAACAGAAAGGAGUUUCAGCGAACGACUCCCACGAGAGAAGAAACGCGGCACUUUGGGGAAUUUUCAAUGGGAAAAAGCUUGUAGUCAUUUUUUAAACCAGAAUGGCGUUCGGACACGGGAAAGUUCACGCAGAGGAAAUUUUGAGUGAGAAAAAUCUUGGAUAUUAGUGGACUCGAGCUACGCUGGGUUUGAUAUUUCUUAAAGGAGACGCGCCGCGCACAGAUUUGUUACGUUGUAUCCAGAGAGGUGAGUUGUGAUGUCUUGAAGCAGCAACCGGCCCCUUUGAAGGAUGUGCAGUGAGUACUAAUGGAAACUUCUGCUCCAAUAUGAAUGUUCAUGAUGUUGGCGGGAGACGACGCUUCGAGGACUCCGAGUUCACCCUGCGCAUCUACCCAGGGGUCAUCGCAGAGGGUACCAUCUACUGCCCCGUCACCGCCCGUAAGAUCACCUCAGCCGCGGAGGUCAUCGAGCAGGUCAUCGACCGACUGCGGCUGGAUCGGACACAAUGCUACGUCCUGGCAGAGGUGAAAGAGUUCGGUGGGGAAGAAUGGAUCCUCAACCCUACCGACAGUCCCGUCCAACGCAUGAUGCUGUGGCCCCGCAUGGCCCUGGAGAACCGCUUCAGCGGCGAGGACUACCGCUUUCUGCUGCGGGAGAAGAACCUCGAUGGCUCCAUCCACUACGGCAGCCUGCAGAUGUGGUUGCGGGUCACGGAGGAGCGACGAUGCAUGAUGGAGCGAGGCUUCCUGCCGCAGCCCUUGCCGAAGGACUACGACGAUCUCUGUAACCUUCCGGAUCUCAACGAGAAGACCCUGCUGGACAACCUGCGCAGUCGCUUCAAGCAGGAGAAGAUCUACACCUACGUGGGCAGCAUCCUCAUAGUCAUUAAUCCCUUUAAGUUCUUGCCCAUCUAUAACCCCAAAUAUGUCAAGAUGUACGAUAAUCACCAGCUGGGGAAGCUGGAGCCACACAUUUACGCGGUGGCCGACGUGGCUUACCACGCUAUGCUGCAGCGUAAGCGGAAUCAAUGCAUUGUUAUUUCAGGGGAAAGCGGCUCAGGCAAGACCCAGAGCACCAACUUUCUCAUCCAUCAUCUCACGGCGCUUAGUCAGAAGGGGUUUGCUAGCGGUGUGGAGCAGAUCAUUUUGGGUGCUGGACCGGUGCUGGAGGCAUUUGGCAACGCAAAGACAGCCCACAAUAAUAACUCCAGCCGCUUUGGCAAGUUCAUCCAGGUGAACUAUCAAGAAAGUGGAACGGUGAGAGGGGCGUAUGUAGAGAAGUACCUGCUGGAGAAAUCCAGGCUCGUCUAUCAGGAACACAAUGAAAGGAAUUACCAUGUGUUUUACUACCUGCUGGCAGGAGCGAGUGAAGAAGAGAGAACAGUGUUCCACCUCAGAAAACCUGAAGAAUAUCAUUACCUCAAUCAGAUGACAAAGAAACCUCAAAGGAUUCAUUGGGAAAAUUACUAUGAGAACGAACCGCAGGAUUGCUUCACGGUUGAAGGGGAGGAUCUCAAGCAUGACUUUGAGCGCUUGCAGCUGGCCAUGGAGAUGGUGGGCUUCCUCCCCACCACACGAAAACAGAUUUUUUCUCUGUUGUCGGCAAUCCUUCAUUUAGGAAAUAUCAAAUACAAGAAGAAGAUUUACAGGGACGACUCCAUUGAUAUCUGCAAUCCUGAAGUUCUGCCAGUUGUGUCUGAGCUGCUUGAGGUCAAAGAAGAGAUGCUCUUUGACGCCCUGACCACACGCAGGACGGUCACAGUGGGCGAGAGGCUGAUCGUCCCGUACAAACUGGCUGAGGCUGUGACGGUACGGGACUCAAUGGCCAAGUCUCUCUACAGUGCCCUGUUUGACUGGAUUGUGUUCCGGAUCAAUCACGCCCUGCUCAACAAAAAAGACUUGGAAGAGUUUGCCAAGAUCUUGUCCAUUGGGGUUCUCGACAUCUUCGGCUUCGAAGACUACGAGAACAACAGCUUCGAGCAAUUCUGUAUCAACUUCGCCAACGAGAGACUUCAGCACUAUUUCAACCAGCACAUUUUUAAACUGGAGCAGGAGGAGUACCGGUCAGAAGGCAUCGCUUGGCAUAACAUUGAUUACAUUGAUAACACGGGUUGCAUUAAUCUCAUCAGUAAGAAGCCCACAGCACUACUCCACCUACUGGAUGAAGAAUGCAAUUUUCCACAGGCCACCAAUCAAACCCUGCUGGACAAGUUCAAGCGGCAACAUGAAGGAAACCGCUAUAUCGAGUUUCCUGCGGUCAUGGAGCCGGCCUUCAUCAUCAAACACUACGCAGGGAAAGUGAAAUAUGGAGUGAAGGACUUCAGAGAGAAGAAUACAGACCACAUGCGGCCGGACAUCGUCGCUCUGCUCAAAAGCAGUAAAAACGCCUUCAUCUGCAGCCUGAUCGGCAUCGACCCGGCGGCCACCUUCCGCUGGGCGGUGCUCAGGGCUUAUUUCAGAGGUGUGGUGGCCUUCAGGGAUGCUGGGAAGAGACAUGUGGAGAAACGGAGCGGGCAUGAUGCUGCUGCUCCGGUUGUGAAAAGUGUGGAUAGCUUUAGUUUUCUGCAUCACCCUGUGCAUCAGAGAAGCUUAGAGAUCCUGCAGAGGUGCAAAGAGGAGAAAUACAGUGUGAACAGAAACCGGUAUCGUGUGCCACUGUCUGAUCUUCAAGGCAUCAACGCGCUAAAUCAACGGGAGGGCUGGAACGGGCGACCCGGGAGACAAAACCGUCUGUCGUCUGCUGGAUCUCUGAACGAGGAGGAUGGGAUCUUUGUCAACUCCACCAGCAGUAAACUCCUGGAGCGAGCUCACGGCAUCCUGAUGAGAAAUAAAAACUAUAAGAUGAAGCCCAGUUUACCUAAGCACUUGCUGGAUGUCAAGUCUCUGAAGUAUCUGAGUAAUCUGACGCUACACGAUCGCAUCACAAAAUCUCUAAUGCACCUCCACAAGAAGAAGAAACCGCCAAGUAUUAGUGCUCAAUUCCAGGCUUCUCUCAAUAAGCUAAUGGAGACGCUCAGUCAAUCCGAGCCGUAUUUUGUCAAAUGCAUACGAUCAAAUGCAGAGAAGCUCCCUCUGCGGUUUAAUGAUGGUCUGGUUCUAAGGCAGCUUCGAUACACGGGCAUGCUGGAAACUGUGCGUAUCCGACAAUCUGGCUACAGUAUCAAGUACACUUUUCAGGACUUUGUUCGACACUUCCACGUGCUGUUACCAGAGGGUACCUGCGCCAACCAAGAAGCUAUCAGACGCUACCUGUGCCAGGUGGAUCUCGCACCCGAAGGGUCCCAAGUGGGCCGUACCAUGGUGUUUCUCCGUGAAGUGGAGCGCCAGCGGCUGCAAGAUCUUCUCCAUCAGGAGGUUCUGCGCAGGAUUGUUCAUCUCCAGCGGCAUUUCAGGGCUCUUCUAGAAAGAAGGAACUUUCUGAGAAUGAGACGGGCUGCCUGCCACAUACAGAACUGGUGGAGGAGCUGUCAGUCUGCCCAAUCAGACAACAGGCUUGAGCAUGACGUCCAGCAGGGGGCAGCGGUCUGUAUCCAGUCGGCCUGGAGAGGAUUUAGAGAGAGGCAAAAACGCUUGUUGUGGAGGGAGGCGGCCGUGAUUAUCCAGAGAAACUGGAGGCUGUGCCGGCGAAGGCGUGCGGCCCUCCGGAUCCAGAGCGCCUGGAGACGGCACAGGGCCAGAGAGCUCUACCUCCAUCAGCGUGACGUCAUCAUCCACCUGCAAGCCGCCUGCAGGGGUUAUCUGGCGAGACGGAGAUUUAGAGAACUUCGAGAGCAGAGGUUACAAAGCACUCGGCUGCUGAAUGGAAAGACCGGUCGGUUAACAGAAGAGCGUACCGUCAUGGGUUUGGAUCUGAGUUUGUGGGAAGACUCCUACAAGGACCAAGACAGAAACAAAGUGGAAACCAAGGUGUCUGGUGGAGGUGCUGCACGGGAAGCUUUGGAAGACAUGGAGCUCGAGACAAGAGAGGAGCUGCAACCAACAUCUGAAGUGACUAUCCGAGAACGACCACGGACGCUAGAAGACCCCAACCAGAGGACGAGGGCCAAGCGGGAGAGCCGACGGAUGCGCGAGUUGGAACAAGCCAAAUUCAGCUUGGAGCUGCUGAAGGUGCGCUCCACCGGAGGAACGUCUCCGUCGGAUGAGAGACGCUGGUCGAUGGAGAUGGUCAGCGAGGUUCCUCACACUCCUCAGGGUACUCCGGACAGCCACAGCUCUAAAGGCAGCUUUGAGCUUCUUAAUAUAGAUGAGUGUUUCAAAGACAAGGCACCUCUAGAAGACCUGGGUUCUCCUUCAUCCGUGCCAGAUCAGCACGACAUAUUUCCCUCGGACGCUUCUCGUGUACCUCCCGAACCGCUCAGAUUACAAAACUCCCUUCCAACCUUCUAUCUCCCUCUGUCAGAAAGCAGCUCUGUAAAGUCUAGCACGGACUCGUCCGCUCCGCAUUUGGAUGGCUCCGGUAAGCCAUCGAAGGAGAGGAAGGAGUCCACUCGCAGACCAAUGGUCGUGGUUAUCAGUAUGCAGAAAGAGACGUUUUUAAGCGAAGAGGACGCCAAGCUACCCGAGGUGUCAGACAGUGCCGUCCAGACCAGCGAGCCGCCCAGUCCGGCACAGGCCAAACGCAACAGCCUGUACGUGCUGGAGAAACUAGAAAAGCUGAAUGAGGAAAAGGAAGUGAGAGAGAAACAUCAGCAACUGCAGAACGAAAAGGAGAUGAUGGAGCAGGUGCGGCAACAAAAGCACAUCCUGAAGGAACACAUCCGACACUUUGCUCAGUUGGAGAGGGACAUGUUCGAGAAGCAGAGGUUUGAGGCGCUGCAAAGGAUUGAGCAGAGCAGACAAGAGGAUUCUGGAGGAAGGACAGACGGAACCGGUGCACUCCUGGACCGAGGUCCUGCUCCCAUAGCCCAGCCCGAGCCGGACCUCAUCUCCCAGCCACAGGUCCCAGAAAAAGACGCCAGAUAUCAGCCGAAGGAUGGCAGAAAGGUACCAGAAGGAUGGGCACCGAAACUGACCCUGGAAUCCCGAGGACAUGAAGCCAAAAGGAGGAUAAAUAAGAAGCCGUCCGCUCAGACUGUCAACAUGACCGACAGAUCUGGAAAUAUAUUCUUUUCCCCGAAAACAAAGGUUUCCGUCUCGAAGUCGGAUAAAGACUUUGACACUCGAGGCAAAACUCCAGGUGUCCAGAAUGAAAUAAACCUCCUGGGUUACAAAUCCACUAAAGGCCGAGAGGUCGGCCGACCCGGUCAUAAAAAAGCCCGCAUGGCUCGGACGCGCUCAGACUUCCUGACCCGCAGUACAAAUCCCCCGGGAGAGGGGGAGUCAGAGGAGGAAGAGUACGAGGAGAGCCCUCUUUCUCUUACUGUACUUCUCUCUAAACAGGACUCAGAGGAGAGCGCGCUAGAGGCGUAUCACAGUGACUCUGAAAUGCCCGUCUCAGGCGCUGAAGAACAGAAGAGCAUGUAUAAAGCCAUGUCCUCUGGUGACCUGGGCAAAACUGAUGCUCUGAGAAAAAACCCUCAUGGAGAUGGAAGGGUUCGUGGUAAGAUGCGCUUUUGGGGUAAAGCGAAGCACGGAGAGAAGAAGCUGUCGCGAGAGCGUCUGUUUUGUGGCAGUGAUAUUCUGGAUGGAGACUGUCCUGAAACGUCACUUCUGAUGGAAGAGGGUGCAGAGCACUUGUCGCCUCCCCGAAGCCCAGAUCUGACUUUACAGAGGGAAUUUAAAGAGAACAAGGAGCCAUCUCCUAAAGUGAAGCGUCGACGCAGCGUGAAGAUCAGCAGUGCGGCUCUUGAACCCGCCCAGUGGCAGAACGAUGCGCUGCAGAUUCUCACAUGUGCCAAUGACUACAGGAGCAUGAAUGAUUUCCUCAUGAAGAAGAUAAGCGAUUUAGACAUGGAGGACGGUAAGAAAGACACAAUGGUGGAUGUCGUCUUCAAAAAGGCGCUAAAGGAGUUUCGCGUGAACAUCUUCAACUCGUACUCCACAGCUUUAGCAAUGGAUGAUGGGAAGAGCAUUCGAUACAAGGACCUCUACGCUCUCUUUGAACAAAUCUUGGAGAAGAACAUGCGUCAGGAACAGAGGGACUGGAACGAGUCGCCGGUGAAGGUCUGGGUCAACACCUUCAAAGUCUUUCUCGAUGAGUUCAUGAUGAAUCACAAACCUGUGGACAGUGCUGUGAACAAGGUAGCCAAACCAGAACGCAAGAAGAGAAGGAAAAAGGAUGCUGAUAUCGUGGAAGAACACAACGGCCACAUAUUUAAAUCCACCCAAUACAGCAUUCCCACAUACUGCGAGUACUGCUCAUCUCUCAUCUGGAUGAUGGACAAAGCCUGCGUCUGCAAAUUGUGCCGGUAUGCGUGCCACAGAAAGUGCUGUCAAAAGAUGACCACCAAAUGCAGCAAGAAGUACGAUCCUGAGCUCUCGUCUCGGCAGUUUGCUGUGGAAUUGACCCGUCUAACCCACGACGAGCGGUCGGUGCCUUUAGUUGUGGAGAAACUCAUCAACUACAUCGAAAUGCACGGCGUGUACACUGAAGGCAUCUACCGGAAGUCUGGAUCCACUAAUAAGAGCAAAGAGCUGAAGCAGGGUCUGGACACGGAUGUAAACAGCAUAAAUCUGGACGACUACAAUAUUCACGUGAUCGCCAGUGUUUUUAAACAGUGGUUACGUGAUCUGCCCAAUCCUCUGUUGACCUUUGAACUGUAUGAGGAGUUUCUGCGAGCUAUGGGUCUCCAAGAUAAGAAAGAAGUAAUUCGAGGGGUUUAUUCUAUAAUCGACCAGCUCGGUAGAACCCAUCUGAACACACUUGAGCGCCUCAUAUUCCAUUUGGUCAGGAUUGCUCUGCAGGAGGAGACCAAUCGCAUGUCUGCGAACGCGCUGGCCAUUGUGUUUGCUCCCUGCAUCCUGCGCUGUCCUGACACUACUGAUCCUCUGCAGAGCGUUCAGGACAUCGGGAAAACCACAGCGUGUGUGGAGCUGAUCAUUUGUGAGCAGAUGAAUAAGUACAAGGCCAGAUUGAAGGACAUCAACACUCUGGAGUUUGCUGAGAACAAAGCCAAGAGUCGGCUAACUUUCAUCCGCAGGUCCAUGAGGCCUGUAAUAAUUGCUGUUAGAUUCAUGAGCGUAACCCGCAGUGCUGCAGCGGGUAAAGGGCAGGGACACCGGGCGAGAUAUCCCACACCAUCACCUCCGGUGAGUCCUCACUCUCCGACCGCCCCAGACGUGCCGCUAGACAGCGUAGACGACGAAGUCGCCAGAGACCCAGAGGUGUCCGAGCAACAGCAGGUGGCCAUGCAGCAGGAGGAGAAAGUUCUGACUGAACAGAUCGAGCAUCUACAAAAAGAGAAGGAAGAGUUGACUUUCGAGAUUCUGGCUCUGGAGCCGCGGGCGUCGGAUGAUGAGACGCUGGAGUCCGAGGCGUCGAUAGGCACAGCAGACAGUUCUGAAAAUCUCAACAUGGACUCCGAGGGAGCCGGAUCGGAUUUCUCCGAGCGAGGCCCAGCGCUGGCCGCCUCCAGGCCCAAGAAGUCUGAGGGGAAGAGCAGACGCGUUCUGCGGAAGCAGGCCGAGUCCCUGGAUUCCGUAGACUCCAGUUCGACCGUCUCCUCCGUGUCGUCGUCCUACGCCAACCUGCCCGUGCGAACCCGACCCCGCAAGUCACGUUUCCGGUCCAACUCUCCUCCGUCUGGAUCGGUUCUGUCCAGCCCACCCGACGGCAUGGACCACCCCGAGCAGGACAGAGAGGAGAGGCCGCAGUUCACCAGCCGAGGCACAUUUAACCCCGCAAAAGGCAAACUGCGGCUUCAGGGUGCCAAGAGCUCCCCACCGAAACCGCACGAGCGGAAGGGGGACCCGGACAUGCCUCCUCAGCAGAUGGUGGUUUACGGCAACAACGAGUUUAUGGUAUGAAGGUCACGAGGUUACGCGUCCAAAGAGCUCUUUCCUCCCCGCUAGCUCACAUGUGCUGCGUUGUAGUCCUUAAGUGCCCCGAUGAGAGAAACGCUUGAGGACAGAGCUGAAGAUCUGAGAGGGUGUGUGUUUGUUUACGGGUCCGAGACGAGGAAGGCAGGGUAAAGGGAAUGCUGAACGACUCCACUAAGGAAGAUUCUCCAAUCGACAGCUCUGUGACUGCCACGGUCCGAGUGCGGGAGACGAAGCCAUUGAUGAACUUCAUGAAUUCAAGCUAUAUCAUGGGCUGCUUCAAUGUUUACAAUGUAGAACUAUUGCAAGCAGCAUCCUCCGCAAUGUAUUUGCCCUUAAGCCUAUUUAAUAAAUUUUAUUUACUUGGAAUAUGUAGAGCUAUAUAAAUAUAUUAUGUGAUAUAAAGUGUAUAAAGCCCAGCGCACCAGUGACCGCUGGGACGUUGGAUUCAUAUAUCUCGUAUCGGUAAUGAAUGCGUUGGCGAGUUAAAGAUUGUUUGCGUGAAUGUUUGUGUGUAAGAAAACUUGAUAUGUUGUGUCAGGUUUGUGCUGCUUGUUGCGUUGUGCUUGGAGGGAAAUGAUGCCAUUAAAGGGACCAAGCAAAGGUCGAGGUCUUUCAAAUCUCCACAGCCAUACACAAGUUGUUUGGAUUCAUUCAGACACAAAAAUGUUUCCGCGUCAGUCGUGUUCUGUGAAAGCAGUGUUAAUAUACAAAACCACAGUAAACGAAUUAUAACCUAUUAUUAUUUUAAAUGACAUAAUUUUUCUUGGAAAAAUCUGAUGCUCCGCAUUGUUUCCCCCCAAUAAUUUAAAUACUUAAUGUAUUAUCGAACGAUUUCUUCUGUUUAUAUACAUAAUAUCUCUUGUUUUUCAAAUUAUUUAAAUGUUUUCAUUGACCGUAAUAAUCCACGUAAAUGCAUUUGGAGGGUGGAUUUGAUUUUAAAGACACACGGCUUUGUCGUUUAUUACUCGUAAUGUUGACCUCGGAACGAUCUGGAUGUUAGAAUAUGUUCUCUCGCUCCAUCACUAUUUGUUAGUGUCACUUACAACAUGAGAAACCUGGAGAUGAAGUGAAGAAAAGCAGUGAAUGUGUAUCCGCAAAACGUUUCUGUUACUGUGGAUUCUGCAAAGGUCUUAAAUGAUGUCACCCGUCUGUUAAAUUGUGAUUCUCAAGGUUUGUCUGAUGUAAUGGUGUUACGGAGCGUGUAGACGAAUGAAAUCAACCUCAGAGUUGAGAAUAUGAAUUUAUGUUGUGUUAUUGUAGAUCUCAUUCAUUGCCGACACGGGUCACAUGCCUGAGAUGUGUGGCGUCUGAGCCGUGUGUUGAACAAAUAUUUCUUAUGGAAGACAAAACUGUCAGUGGUUGUAAAAUAAAUUACAUUUUGAACAAAUAAGACGUGGUUCAUGAAAUG